AUGUCUGAUGCUAUCUUGCUUCAUGACAUCCAGCCGAUUGCCCGUUGCUCUUUCGAGGAUCGGGAGACCCAAGACACAGCGAUCGAGGGGCAACUCGACACUGUAUCGAGAAGAGCUGGAUUGUUCACGGUCUACAGAUAUGCUACUUUUCAUGAAAGAUGGAGCUUGGCGAUAUGUGUUUUCUGCGCGCUGGUCGCUGGUGCGGCGCUUCCUUUAGUGACGCUCGUUUUCGGAUCAUUCAUCGAGCACUUCAUUAGCGGCAAUUCAAAUGAUGCUGAAACAAGUCACGCCAUUGCAGACUCGGUCAGGCAACUAUCACUCCGCCUAGUAUAUAUCGCUAUCGGAUCCCUUCUAUCGACUUGGUGUAGCACGUGGGGAUUCAAUCGCCUAGGUGAGAAAAUCACUGUGAGACUACAGUUAGAGUACCUCACCGCUGCUCUCCAGCAAAACCUGGAGUACUUCGAUGCCGUUGGGGCCGGCGAGCUGACGGCUGGCGUCGACAACGACAUAAGAACGAUCCAAGAAGGGUUUUCCCAGAAAAUGGGCAUGCUUAUCUCCGGACUCGCCGGCUUCAUCGUGGCCAUCAUUAUUGCCUUUGCACAGAACCCUCGGUUUGCCGGCAUCAUGCUGUCCCAGCCCCUGGCUCUGAUGCUUGUAGUAGGAGGGCUUGGAUCCUGGAUGGGCAGGACUCAACGGCAAGGGCAAGUGAACUGGGUAAAGGCAGACAACCUCGCGCAAGAUGUGCUCGGAGCUAUUAGGGCUGUUCUUGCGUACCGAAGUCAGGAGCGUUACACGAAUAAGUACCAGGAAACUAUUCGGAUUCCCAUUCUGCUCGAGCGUCGCGAGCGGUUCAUUUUCGGUGUCAUUGUUGCCGGAUCUUUCACUGUCCUUCAUUGGGCGAAUGGAUUAGGUAUUUGGCAAGCAAAUCGCUUAGUCCAUGAAGCGAAAUGUACCAUCUCAGAAGCGUUGACUAUCCUGUAUGCAAUGACGGUGGCCGGAGGAAUGCUGAGCCAAGCUCUCCCCUUUUUGCCCGCUAUCAUCCAGGCUCAUAACGCAGUCAGUCGAGUCUUUUCGGUCAUUGGGUGUAGAUCACCAUCAGUUUCUUCAUGCUCUGCAGGUCGCACUAUUGAGCCACUCCAAGGGCGUAUUGAAUUUCACAGUGUGAACUUCACAUAUCCGUCCCAACCGAGUCGACCGAUAUUACACUGCGUUAGAUUCAACGUUCUACCAGGUCAGACAGUGGCAUUCGUUGGUGCUUCAGGAUCUGGAAAGUCAACGGUGCUCUGUCUUCUCGAGCGACUAUAUCUACCAUCCAGCGGGUGCAUAACGGUAGAUCAUGAACCCAUCGAAGAGCUCAGCAUCUCGUGGUUGAGGUCCCAGAUGGGAUACGUUGAUCAGGAUGUGGCUCUCUUCCGAGGGUCAAUUCACGACAACAUAGCCUAUGGUCUCCAUGUCUCUUUGAAACAGAGCCUGACAGCAGCAGUCAUUAGGGAGCGGGUUAUCGAAGCCGCCAAAAUUGCUCAGAUCCAUCCCUUUAUUUCCGAUUUGCCUGAUGGUUACGAUACGGCACUAGGCUUCUGCGGGUCCGGUCUGUCCGGAGGCCAAAGGCAACGAAUCGCUAUUGCUCGGGCGAUAGUGUCCCAGCCCCCUAUUCUGCUUCUAGAUGAGGCGACUGCUGCUCUAGAUAGCAAGAGUGAAAGAGAGGUCCAGAAGGCACUAGAUGCAGCGAUGACGGGGAGAACGACAAUUGUGAUUGCGCAUCGACUGUCUACGAUCCAGCGUGCCGACAAGAUUAUCGUCAUGCACGAUGGACAGAUCAAGGAUCAAGGCUCACACGCAGAACUGAUGCUCAAAUGCGACAUGUACCAAGCUUUAGUAAGACAACAGAGCAUGAAGCCGGAGCCUCUAGCUCAGGAAGAGAUGCAUCAUGAGAGAAACUCGUUUUCGGCGGAUGUGUCAACUGAAGACUGGAAGGACGUUACAGAAUCGGGUGCAAUCAUUCAUAGGCCACAUAAUGGCUCUGCAUCCGCCCCUGUCCUUCGGGGUGAUGUUGGAUUUGUUUGGAAGCUCAAUGAACCAGAGCUGCUUUAUGUUGUCGCUGGCGUUUUUCUUGGUAUCCUUGCAGGCAUGAGCUAUCCCCUUCACGCGAUCUUCUUCGGGAACGGAAUUGUUUCUAUCAUUGACCCUGAGCUAAGCACGGGUGGUCACCCCGCCCGUUUCUGGGCUCUGAUGUACCUUGUUCAUGGUGUUGUGGUCUUUGCGAUAUACUGUGGUCGGGGAUACUGUUUCGCAGCUUCUGCAUCCAUGCUUCACAUGCGAGCCCGUGCUUCCCUUUUCAAAUCCCUCCUCUCAAAGGGGUUCCCGUUCUUUGAUGACGAGGCCCAUUCAACCGGAUCCCUUCUCAGUGUCCUUUCUUCUGAUGCGCAGAAGAUCAUCGGCAUUUCUGGGACCUCCCUUGGGUUGACAGCUGAAAGUGUGUUCAUGCUCGUCACCGGGGUCGUUGUCGGGUGUGCUUUCGGUUGGAAGCUAGGAUUGGCCUCAACGGCGAUAAUCCCGUUCAUCGCCGCGUCAGGAUUUCUGCAGUAUUUUAUCGUGAUGCAUGUGCAAAGGUACAUCAGAAGGAAUUCUGAUGCAGUUGCGAUCGCACAUGAGGCUUUUACCGCGAUCCGAACCGUGACCGUCCUCGGGCUGCAGAGCACCAUCAGCGCGGCAUUUGCCGCCCAGAUCCAGCAAGACGCGAGAGAGAGAUACUGGAUUUUCAUCGGCGUGGCCUAUGCAUGCGGGACAUUUUUCCGCGUGUUGGGCAUCGCUUUUGUCUUUUGGUAUGGAGGAGUUCAUCUCAUUGCCACAGAAGAGUACUCUAUACAGCAAUUCUACGUCUGCUUCGCGGCUAUUGUGUGGGGAUCCCAGGCGGCGUCGACUCUCUUUGCGCAUGCCCCGGACAUUGCGGGCGCGCAGGUGGCUGCGUCUCGGAUGCAAAACUUGAUGCAUGAGUCGAGCUUGAUUCCGUCAGAAGGUGUUAUGCCCGCUCCGAGCACCGUGAAAGAUGUCGCUCUACGGAAAGUUUACUUCAGGUAUCCCGCCCGCUCUUCUGGAUCCUGGAAUUUGAACGAUGUCAGUCUGGAUGCGCGCGCUGGACACUUUAUCGGUCUGGUUGGGGCUACUGGAAGUGGGAAAAGCUCUGUGAUCAACCUUCUUGAACGCUUUUAUUCUGCUGGCUCUGGUAGCAUUACGCUUGGCGAGGCAUCGGUCGACGAGUAUGAUCUUGAGUCUUACUACCAUUACUUCGCCCUCGUCGACCAGAACCCGUGCCUUGUGGGCGAUGAUCUUCGAGAAGCUCUUCACAGUGAUAACAGAGUCAUCCCUGAUGAGGAACUUCUCGCUGUUCUGGCCAAAGUGGGGUUAGAUGGAUUCAUUUUGUCCCUUCCCCAAGGACUCAGCACACCCAUCAUAGCAAACGGAUCCAACCUCUCAGGUGGUCAACGUCAACGUAUGGCGAUUGCAAAAGCCCUGCUGUGGCAGCCGAAAUUACUACUCCUAGACGAAGCAACUUCAGCAUUAGAUGCGUCCUCAGAGUAUCAAGUACAACAGGCCCUACACGAGGCAAUGGCCGGUCGGACAACCAUCGCAGUUGCUCAUCGCUUGAAGACAAUUAUGCACGCAGAUGAAAUUUUAGUGUUCGAGAAUGGCCGGAUUGUCGAAAGCGGGACGCAUCGGAAACUCAUGGAGAGGCGGGGCAAGUACUGGGAAUUGGCGCAACUGCAGGAGUUGGAGGAAUGA